AUCUGUCAAUGAACUGUCAAUCUGUCAUUUAUUUUUCAAGAUGGCUCCAAAUCGGAGUGUUUUAGGAUUUUUGAACCCAAAAACCAUUAGUACAGUUUUCAGUAAUAGUAUCGCAAAAAUUCCUUACCGAUAUGUGCAUGGGUGUAAUGGCUGUAAAACUUUUAUAGGCGGUCAACCCAUAGCCGUACUAUCCGUGGCACGUAAAAAUUACAAUGUCGGCCCUAGGCACCGAUUUAUUCACACGACGAACAGUUUGUGUGCGGCUGACUACUACAAGGUUCUCGGCGUUGCCAAGAACGCUUCUGCCAAAGAUAUCAAGAAGGCUUACUACCAGCUUGCUAAGAAGUACCACCCUGAUGCAAACAAAUCGGAUCCAGAAGCUUCUAAGAAGUUUCAAGAAGUGUCAGAGGCUUAUGAGAUACUGUCUGAUGAAAAUAAGCGCAAACAGUAUGAUACCUUUGGCACAACUUCUGAUGACAUGGGUAUGAGAGGUGGUCCAUCUGGAGCAGAUGGCUUCACGCACCAAUGGCAGUACAAGUCUACCAUAGACCCUGAAGAGCUGUUCCGGAAGAUUUUCGGUGACGCUGGCUUCAAGAGUGAGGCUUUCAGUGACUUUGCUGAAUCCAAGUUUGGGUUUGGUGCAGCCCAAGAGAUGGUAGUGAAUCUGCGGUUCACAGAAGCAGCUCGUGGUGUGAACAAAGAACUAAACGUGAACGUUGUGGACACUUGCCCCAAGUGCCAAGGCUCUCGCUGUGAGCCUGGAACCAAGGCCAUCAAAUGUACUUACUGCAAUGGAACUGGCAUGGAGACUUUCUCUCGAGGUCCAUUCGUGAUGCGUUCUACAUGUCGGCACUGCCAUGGUACUCGAAUGCUGAUCAAAUUCCCCUGUGUUGAGUGUGAGGGAAAGGGACAGUCGGUGCAACGCAAAAAGAUCAAAGUACCAGUCCCAGCGGGUGUAGAAGAUGGUCAGACUGUCCGCAUGGCUGUCGGCAACAACAAUGAGAUAUUUAUCACCUUCAAGGUGGAAAAGUCCAAUUACUUCCAAAGAGACGGACCAGACGUUCACACUGAUUGUACCAUUUCCGUAGCCCAAGCACUGUUGGGUGGCACGGUCAGGAUACAAGGGUUAUAUGAAGACCACACAUUGCAGAUAAUGCCAUGCACGUCGUCACACAGCAUUAUUCGGCUGUCGCGGAAGGGUAUGAAACGUGUCAGUCAGCAUGGCUACGGAGAUCACUACGUGCAUAUCAAAAUACAGGCACCAAAAUCGCUGUCGAGCAAGCAGAAGGCGUUAAUGUACGCUUACGCCGAACUUGAAGAGGAUACCCCCGGACAGAUACACGGCGUCACCCUCGAUAGAGAUGACAAAUCAAAAAGCAGUGAUUCGGGCGGUAAAUCAGAAAAGGGUACUGGGUCCGAAAACAUACACCAUUCGAAUCGCGAUUCCGACGAUGUUGAUAGAAAUAAGUCGAAAGUGUGGACGUAUAUUGAAAGUAUAAGCGAUACUUUUAAUGCUAACAAAACUUAUUUUGUGGUUGGUUUCUGUAUGGCUGUUGUAGCGUGUGCUCUUGCGAUGGUCACUGACCCACAGGACAAAUAUGGCGUGAAUGAUUAUGUGAAUGCAAUUGAAGAUAGACCUGGAAGUGAAAUUGAUAAGCCGUUUGGGUAUGAAAGAGCUCUUAAUAGGGCUAGGGAACAGAAUCCUGAAUUGUACAAGGAAUGAAUAAGAGGUUCUAUUGUAGGUUUUUUUGUGUCAGUGAUGAGUCUAAGUGGUCAGAAAAUACUGUACCAUGCAAUGAAAACCAUGUAUGGCAUAAAAUAUAAUGAACUUUCUCAAUAUUUUGAAUGGUUCCUGUAUCCCCCUAACAGUUACUUAAAAGCAAUGCUCAAAAAGGUUUUCACUAUCUUAGCUAUAAGUUUGGAUUAGUUUAUUAGUUUUCCACCGAUAAAGGGCUAAGCUUUGCAAAGACCUGGCGAAUGUGACGCCUUCCACAAUAAAAUGACAUAUAUUACAUACAAUAAUAUGUAACACAUAAGUUGCAAUAUGCAAAUUUAUAAUUUAGUCUAGGACUAAGAUAUGAUAUUGUUAUUAAUUUGUUUUAAAGUUUAUGUACGACCCGACCAAUUUAGAAAAGACCCUAAGAUAUGAUGAUGUUAAAGCUAUAUGGGAUAUUUUUACCUAUGAUAUGAUGGUAGGGACCUUUAUUUCUAUAUGAUAUAAUUAUUUAAUGUAUAUGUUGUGCAUAUAGCUUAUUUAUUUAUGAAAGUGUGUUUAUGAGAGUUGUGAGAUUGACAGGCCUAGUCUACAGGUUAUAGUAUGAUGGUCAUACAUUAGUUCCAAUGAUAUUGUAAAUAAUUGUAGCCUGUUUUAUGAAUACAUGCAAUUUAAAUUA